GAUCGUUACCGGAGCGAAGAGCGUCCCGCCCGCUCCUUGAGCAGUGCCCUGGCCAUUGGCUAUCCUGCCGGAGCGGUCGCUUUGAGGAGUUUUGAUUGGCCUUGCCUCAAACAGUGGCUGCAAUGGAGUGGCUUCGUCUGCGUGGGGUGUACAAAGUGGUUUGGAGUCCUUCCGGUCAGAGGUCGUCAUAAUCAUGAUUAAUUUCAAGAAUUCACCCCAGUGCUGUAUCAGGAAAUGGACUGGGACCAGUUUGACUUGAACCCUAAAGUAAUUGCUGCCCUUAAGAAAGCUGACAUAAAAUCAGUAAAAGAGGUUUUAAAUCUUUCUGGAGCAGACUUGCAAAGACUGAUGAAACUAUCCAGUGCAGAUAUACAGUGCUUACAGAAAACAGUCUCUCUCACGCUGAGGAAGAAUAGUAUGCUUACAGCACUUCAGCUCUACCAAGAUAAAGAUCAUCUCACCUCCCAACACCAGAAGCUAAGCCUAGGAUGUUCAGUACUAGAUACCUUGUUAAAAGGUGGCAUUCCUUUAGUGGGAAUCACAGAACUUGCCGGGGAAAGUUCUGCUGGGAAGACUCAGAUAAGUUUACAACUGUGCCUUUGUGUGCAAUAUCCUUACAAAUAUGGUGGAUUAGAGUCUGGAGCUGUCUACAUUUGUACAGAAGAUGUAUUCCCAAGUAAACGUUUGCAACAACUCAUAGAUCAACAACAUAAGCUGCGUGCAGAUGUUCCAGCUGAAAUCGUACAGAAGAUCAAAUUUGGAAACAGUAUUUUUGUUGAGCAUGCAGCAGACCUAGAUACCUUUCACAACUGCAUUACUAAAAGGAUUUCCCUACUGCUCACAAGAGGCAUGGUGCGGUUGGUGGUCAUAGACUCUAUUGCUGCUUUGUUUCGAUGCGAAUUUGGAGUUUCAGAUUCUGUUAUGAAGGCUCGGUAUUUGCAGACAUUUGGAGCACAGCUUCACAGUUUAAGCACUAGAUUCAGGACUCCAAUAAUGUGCAUUAAUCAGGUGACCGAUGCAGUGAGCGAGUCGGAAGCUGCUCAGUGCGGUUGUAGUGUAGUGGAUAACAGAGUCUCUCCAGCACUUGGAAUAACCUGGGCAAAUCAACUGCUAAUGAGACUGAUGGUCAGCCGAAUAUCACAACCUGAACAACCUGGAGUUGCGUCACACCACACUGGAAGUGUGAGGACUUUAAGAGUAGUUUUUGCUCCUCAUCUCCCUCCAUCCUCUUGCUACUAUACAGUAAAACUGGAAGGUGUAAAAGGAAUAAAAUAAAUCCUUUGCAUAGUAAAGCAUCCUGCUCCAAAAAAGUAUCAAAACUACUUUGCUUCAGGAAGAAUUACUAGUAAAAUGAAAGAAUUACUAGUAAAAUGAAAUUCCUCCUAGAUGAGAGAAAAGGCUGCUGAAAUACAUAAACAGUGAUACAACUACAUUAAGCCUUGUCUAUGUUGUGAAAGAAGAUCUUUUUAUACUUGGAUAUAUAUGUUCAUCAGCUUUUCCUUGUGAGAGAAGUAUUCUGAAGGAGAGUAAUGCUGCGGGCAGGUGGAGGCUGCACAAUGAAGUGUGAUGUGGCAAUCCCCAUGUUAGGGGAGACCUGAUUUCUAAUUUUGUUUUAACAGCAUGCUAAUCUAGAAACAGCAUUUACUGCAAUUGUGUACCUGCUCUGUUUCCAGAUCCAAAGGGACUCAAAUUCAACCAGUUAAUAUUGCCUGCUGAUGCUUCUAGGCCUCAUGCUGCCAUUAAGUAUAGCCAUUCGUCUAUCUGUAGGGCCUCAGAAAUAAUAUAAAGCAGCUAUCCUGUUUUAAAACCACUUGUUUUAUUAAUAUUAGGAUUAAAAAAAAAUACCAGAAAGAUACUUGAUUUUAACAUCUUACUGUAAGAGUUUAAAUUAUACUGCUUUUGUACUAUAUGGGCAUAUCUAGCUUCACAGAACUUCUACAGAUUUUUUGGAAAUGGUUCCUUCCCCUCAUAGCAAAAGCAUCUUUAGCCUCUUCCAUUUAAAAAAUAACAAACCACACCCCCCCCAUCCCCUUGGUCUGUUUGCCCAUGGCAGAAGCUGUGUAACCAGGUAGCUUUCAGAGCAAGGGCUCUGUUACUGUUCUUCCUGAUACUCUGCACGGCUCUGUUUUGUUGGAUCCGGAUAGCAUUCUCAAUCAGCUUCUGGAUUGCUACCUCUAGUAUCUUCUGUCCUUACUGCUAGGCUCUUAGCUAAAUUGUGCUUCUGAAGGGCACCUUUAGCCAUUUUCAUCCAUCCAUGGAGCUAUUACUUUUCUCAGUUUUUUUGUUGUUAGAGCUUUACAUGUUUUUCUUUCCAUCUUUGCACUAUCAUCACAUCUUUUUCUGUUGUCCUCAGACUACUGCUACAACAUCUACUUCUUAGUAAUUUUUUUUUGCUGCAUUCAUUGUGAAAGCAAGCUAGAUGAAGUUACUCAUGCACAUUUUCCAAAGGCCUUAGACCUUAUUUAUUUGGCCUAUGUUAUAUGGGUGCCUGCUUGUAUCAGUGUCUGAUGCGAGUGAGCAUCACAUACUUGUUAAGCUUUCAGAUUUCUACCUGCUACCUGCUUCCCCAGGUUGCCCAAACAAAAAGUCUACCAGAGUCUUAGGUUUUUGUGUAGUUACAUUGCUCGGUUCUGUCCUUUGGCAAAUGAGAACCUUUUGUUCUCUGUAGUCUAAACAAUCAAAUCUGAAAUACAAGUUCAGAGGAAUGACUAUCACUUGGUAGAAGGCAAGUCCAGAUAUACAUUCCUUUUGUGUUCUUCAGGUACACUGUAUUAGUGAAAUAGCUGCCUCCUCUACCUUUCCCCAGUAAUACUCUUCAAGGAUACAGC